GGUUGGCGCCUUUUUUUAAAGUUCGCUUGGUGCCAAUAUCACGACCCAAAUCCACUAAAACGAAUUUUUUAUUUGACGUUUGACGAUUUAUCUUUUCUUUUUAGAGUGACUUUUAAUAAGUUGGGAUAAGACACACAAAAUGAAUUCGCCACCGCUCGCCCCUCAAGACGACGUGAUCCAAAACAUCAGUUACACCGAUUCUGAUACGGAAUAUUCUGCAAAAAUUGUGGGUCAUGAAGUAACAGUUCAGUGUAACUCGGGACAGCAUAACCAUGGAAGUUCUAAAGUGAAACUUAUCAAUCGGAUUGAUUAUAAUUGGGAGUUUCACUAUUAUCGCGGACAAUUGGUCGCUGUUCACAUUAAUGGAAAAAUUAUUGCUUAUGGGAUGAAGGGGAAAGACGGGGGCAUGAUCCGAGUUACGAACCAAGAGACCAACGAAAGAGCACUAAUCAAAAACUUGAAAAAUGAUGUCAAAGACCUGUCUUUUGCUUUUUCACGCCAACAGAUUAUUUUAGGAUGUAUUGACGACGAAGGCAAUGUUUUCAUUUAUGAAAUCAUUGAUGAACCUAGUGCAAUAAAAUACAAACAACUACUCCACAUAUUCCACAGUGAUGUGGUCCCACAUUCAAGCCCCAACUUUCGAAUUAUCUGGUGUCCCUACUUGACCUGUUUUGACGAGGAAGAGGAGACACCAGAUGAUCCUGAAAAAAUGUUUGUGGUAUUAAAUUGGGACAAAGCCGAAAUAUGGAAUUUUGGCAUGAUUAAUGCAAAGUAUGGGCCAGGUCCUUUACAACCAAAUGAAAACUAUGAGGGUUAUGUUGAAAUUAGCCAUACUGCUGAAUUGGUAGAUGCUUCAUUUUCGUCAGAUGGGACCGCUAUUGCAAUUGCUUGCUUAGACGGUUAUGUGAAAUUUUUUCAAAUUUACAUGGUUGACAAUGAAAAGCAAAAGUGCUUGCAUGAGUGGAGACCACAUGAUGGUAAACCACUAUCUUCUAUCAUAUUUGUCGACAAUUUGCUGGAGUGCAGUUCUCAGUGUUGGAAAUUCACAAUAACGGGUGCGAAUCACAACUCUGAGCUAAAGUUGUGGUCUUGUGAAACGUGGACUUGUCUCCAGACAAUCCAUUUCAAACCAGAUCCAUCGAAUCUAAUCCAAAGUGUUUAUCUUAAAAUGAGUAUAGACUACUCGGGUCAGUAUUUAUUAAUGUCCGAUCUAAACAAUAAAGUUUUAUACGUCCUGCAAUUAAAACGAAGCGAUGAAGCUCAACAAAUAUCAGUAACAAUGAUAUCGCAAUUUUUACUACCAACUGCCUUUUUGAGCUUCCACAUAACCGAAGCCAACUGUCGCAAAUUACGUUCGUCCGAUAUGAGUGAAGAGUUUUCACAAGAUGCCGAUCAAGAUGACGAUGAUGAAGACGAUACUGUUGCAGCUGUUGUUAUCAAAAUGUUGGUGAUUCAGCAGAAAAAAUUCCAAGAGUGUAAUAUUGUAUUUCAACCAGAUGCGAUGUUGUGUAAUACUGAGAUUAUAUUUAAUGAAAUUAAAGAGGAAUUGGAGAAAGUGCCAAAAUUGGACGAUCUUCAGUCAUCCGUUACUUUAUUAAUAAAACAACAGCAACAGCAACAAUUAACUUUGAUGACUCCUGACGCUUUUACAACAGCUGAACAAAACUCUCGUCCUAAUAGUGUCAGAACUAGCAUCAAUGGUGAUAUUAAUAAAUCAACCGAAGGCACAAAUGGCGAUACUGUUGAGAAUUUGAUUGAUUUUCAAAGACCUGAAAAGGAUAAUUUUGCAAGUGGAGGUUCUAGUCCUAGUAGAGAAGUUCAGGAAAUUCUAUCUCUUAACAAUUCAACGUACAGCACUCAGGACUAUUUCGAUAAUUUAACGAAAAUGCAAGAAGAACAAGAAAUACCCCAGAAGGAGUACAAACAUAACGAAAAUCUCAUGUACCAAGAGAACCCCAAUCCUGAAAUGGUUUGGCUGAAACUACCUCUAGUUAAGAAAGAUAAUGAGAUAAAUAAAGAAGAUAACCUAAGACUGGGAGGCGGAGACGAGAUAACAAAUUUGAACGAAACAGAAUGGGACAAAAACCAGUGGCAAGCAAUCAAUUUUAGACUGACUAGCAUCGAAAACGCAAUUAGUGACCAAAAUGUGAUUAUCCAAAAAAUUCACCAAGAACUCAAAUCGUUAAACCAAACUAAACAAGGCUUGAGCGAAGACUUUAACAAGGAGUUAGAUUUAACAAUGUCCAAACAACAAUUGCAAAUUGCGAAAAUGUUGGAAAAUUUGAUCAAUAUGCAAAAGAAUAACGACCGUGACCAACAGGACCAUGUAAUAGCCAGUGUGUCACAAAUCGUUGUUAAAAGUGUCUCAGAUAAACUUCAAAAUAUAGUAGCUCAUGAGAUGAAACAUGUGGUUGUACCAACCAUUCGAAAUCUAGUUGAAACGCUAAAACAUCAAUUAGAUGUUCAAAAUAGUCAAAAAUUAAACAGCGAUAUGGUUCUACAAGACAAGAUUUCGAAAAUAAUCAACAGCAAGGCACUAGCGGAGUCGCUCAGUUUAUCAGUGGCCAAUGUGAUAACGCCUAUUUUAGAAAAAUGCUACCGGGAUAUGAUCACGUCGACUUUGGUCCCGUCUUGGGAGAAAGUCUGUGGAAAUAUGUUCCACCAAAUUAACGAAACUUUCACACAGGGCACUAAGGAAUAUACCGCUUCUGUUGAGCAUUAUAUGGAAAGGCAACGACGGGUUCAAGAGAGAGGUAAGGAUCUGAUCGUUCAAAUGCAAUCAGUUUCGGAAAAUUUGCAAAUGAACACGGAUAAGUUAGUCGGAACUUUGUCGUCUGAAAUUCACAAACAGUUCAAUACAUCCAUGAAGCAUACGCAAGAGAAUUUAUUACAGAGUAUGAAGGAUUUAAUUAGCGAACAAAUUAAGUUAGGUUUUAAGAGUCACGCUUCAUUUCUGGAAGACAGUGUAAUCAACGCGGUGCGGUCUCGAGCUGUGACCCCUUCACCACAUGUUGAAUCACAAGUUACUUUGGCACAUCUUGAUCAUCUACUGGCUAAAGAAAGUUACGAUGAAGCAUUCCAGUUGGCGCUGUCGGCGGAAAAUUUGAAUUAUGUGAUUUACGUCUGUGAGAAGGUGGAUAGUAAUAUUCUCUUCCAUGGGUCUUCUCCACCGCCUCAGAACUGUAUUUUAGCUCUGAUACAACAGUUGAGUAUGGAAUUACACAAAAAUACCGAAAUCAAAUUGAGUUACAUAAGGGCUGCUUUGGUUGCUCUAAUCCCGGGAUACCCCCACACGAGACAGUUUAUUCCCAAAGUUUUGAAAGAUUUGCUGAAACAAUUACAACUUUUUAUGACCACAAACCCCUCCUCAAAGUUUAUCACCGAGGCAAAACUACUUAAAAUGGCUGUAGAAAGCAUCUUGGACAAAUAGCUGGAACAAUUUAUUUUAUCCGCGUACGUUACUGUUUAUUUUAACCCGACUUGUCAAAAUUUAUUUUGAAAGUAUUUUAACUGCUGUGUCGUUAUUACUGUGAAUAGCAACUUGCUAUAUUUGAUAGGUUGUGUAUAAUUUUUUUGAAAUAAACUUCUCCAAUGCUGUAAAAA